GGGAUGUUAAUCAUACUUAAUUAUAUAUUAAACUUAUCAAUCUCUCUUUCUUUCUUCUUGGUUUUAGGUCGUUGGCUCUUGUAGUUUUUACUAUUUAGCUUGUAUAUAUUUAUAUAACAAUAUAAUUAUACUUUUGGGCCUUUUGACAUAUUCUCCUAUAUGCUUACAUAUCCUACUUAUAAUCUCAGUAUUUUAUUGUUUAUUGCUUAGGGGUUUCCAUAUAUAUAUGAAGGCCACAAAUCCAACAUUUCAUAUCAACUAGAAUCGAUCACACCUCUCUCUUAAUCUCUUUUGCUUUUGGUGAUUAAGAUUUGCUCAAAAGGGUAUCUGAAAUGGCAGGACGUGGUGGGAUUCUCUUGGCUUCACUUCUUAUUCUCUCAUGCUUUGCUGACACCUCUUUUGGGAUUGUUCACUUCUCUUCUCUUAAACGAACCCUUGUGGUCACAGCUUCACCAAAAACAGGACAAGUUUUGAAAGCUGGUGAUGACAAAUUCACGGUGACUUGGGGUCUAAACAAGACUUUCCCAGCUGGGACAGACUCGGCCUACAAGACCAUCAAGCUCAAGCUAUGCUACUCACCAAUCAGCCAAGUGGAGCGCCCGUGGAGAAAGACCGAGGACGAGCUCUCUAGGGACAAGACUUGCCAGUUCAAUAUCGUGACCAAGCCCUACAGCGCCGCUAACCAGAGCUACGAGUGGAUCGUGGAGCGCGAAGUGACUCUAGGAACGUAUUUCGUACGCGCCUACGCUUACGACUCCGCGGAUGCCGAGGUGGCAUUCGGCCAAACGACUGACGCAGCCAAAAAGACCAACCUGUUCGACAUCAUUGCAAUCAGCGGGCGCCAUACGUCACUCGACAUUGCCUCCAUUUGUUUCAGUGCUUUCUCCAUUUUAGCCCUCAUUGGGUUCUUUUGGGCUGAGAAGAGAAAGGGAAAAUCAUCAAAGUAACUAAGGAUACACUAGUUUUGUCCUUUCGAAAGGGCAAGAUCGUCAAAAAAGGACUCCUAUGGUUGUGGAACUACUCUUUUGCAUGUUUCUAGGUUUAGGUUUUUAAUCAUAUUAUGUGGUAUUAUUAUUAGGGAUCUAAUGAUGAAAAUCACUCAAAAUUGUGUUUUUCUUUCGAGUGUUUGGGACUUGAAAUGGGAUUGUAUUGUCUAUGUUCUAAGUUGGACUUUUGUGAAGGUGGGUCCAACUCCAAGAGGGAGCAAUUAUAUGGGGUGUGCCAUGAACUUGGUUAGUCCAUAUUUUGAGAUGGGCAAGUUGAAAAUUUUACUUUUAUGUCUUAAAGAAAUAAAAUAAGAAACAUUAUAGAUUAUAAUGUGUUGCAUA